AAGGUUAAAAUCAUAGUCAAAUUUUUGUUCAUUCUAAAUACAAAUCUUUGACUCUUAAAUAAGUAAUAGUUGUCUUAUAUACAGCAAUAAAAUGAGUGAAAAAGUUGUUUUAGCAUAUUCUGGGGGAUUGGACACAAGUUGUAUUUUAAAAUGGUUACUAGACCAAAACUAUGAAGUCAUCUGUUAUAUGGCCAACAUUGGCCAAGAAGAAGAUUUCGAUGCGGCAAGAACAAAAGCCCUUAAAAUUGGUGCAUCACAGGUUAUUAUCGACGGAUUGAAUGAAGAUUUUGUAGAAAAUUUUGUUUGGCCAGCUGUACAAAUGGGUCUGAUAUAUGAAACUAGAUACUUACUCGGAACAUCACUUGCUCGACCUUGCAUUACUAAAGGAUUGGUGGCUUGUGCGAAAAAAGUGAAUGCUAAAUACAUUUCCCAUGGUGCUACAGCUAAAGGAAACGAUCAAGUUAGAUUUGAAUUAAGCUGUUACGCUCUUUGGCCAGAGGUUAAGAUCAUAGCACCAUGGCGCCUAAAAGAAUUUAUAACUCGUUUUGGAGGCAGGCAAGAUUUGUUAAAGUAUGCAAAAGAAAAUGGAAUACCUGUUUCAGUAACACCAAAAGAACCAUGGAGUAUGGACGCAAAUAUUAUGCAUAUAAGUUAUGAAUCUGGAAUACUUGAAAAUCCAGAAAACAUUCCUCCAAUCAAUUUAUAUCAAAUGACAAAAUCUCCAAUUGAAGCGACUAAUACACCACUACGCCUGACUGUCGAAUUUUCAAAAGGAUUACCAACAUCCAUAUCCACAGUGUAUAAUUUAGUUGUCACCAAACCGUUGGAAAUACUUUUGCUUUUAAAUAAAAUUGGAGGUGAAUAUGGUAUUGGACGAAUUGAUAUAGUGGAAAAUCGUUUUAUUGGAUUGAAGUCACGUGGUGUAUAUGAAACUCCGGGUGGUCAUAUUUUACAAACAGCUCACUCGGACCUUGAAAUAUUUUGUUUGGAUAAAGAAGUGUUACGCAUAAAGCAGUAUUUGAGAGAUAAAAUGGUUGAUUUUGUUUAUAAUGGAUUUUGGUUUUCUCCCGAAGCAGAGUACACUUCAAAAUGUCUAAUAGAAUCACAAGUUAAUGUCAAUGGAAAAGUUAUCGUUCAACUCUAUAAGGGAAAUGUUCAAAUUUUGGGUCGCUCUUCCAAAGUAUCACUGUAUAACGAAGAACUUGUAUCAAUGGAUAAACAUGGUGAUUUCAACCCCGAAGAUGCCACUGGAUUCAUCAAUAUUCAAGCUAUACGAUUAAAAGAAUAUAAUCGUUACAAAAACCAAUUAUAAAACUCAAUAAUUUUUUUAAAUAAAAUAUU